GUGCCGCAUUUUAGCCGUUGAGGCGGUUCAAUGUCAAACUCGACAUUCUUGACUGGUCCGUUUAUGUAUAUCGGAAGUACAGUACUGCACACAUUCUGGUGUUACUUCCUCGCACUGUGAUACGUUGACUGCAGUUCAUAAAUAUCCGGAAACAGCUGGUCUACACCAGGACCAGGAAGACGAGUUGGGUGCCCACUAUCUCGACACGCUCACACCCCUGCGUUUGUCAGCUGAACGUGAUAUCUCCCCAAGGACAGGGGUGCGUUCAAAGCGGGCAGGUGUUGUUUACCAAGCACACCCGUAAUGUAGCCUGAGACAGUCUGUGCAGCCUCUUGCCCACACCCCAACAGACAACGCCUAGCUCUACUGUCCAGUGUCAGACACUCGGGGAACAGACAACGCCUAGCUCUACUGUCCAGUGUCAGACACUCGGGGAAAUGACCCAAUGUAAUGGGAGGUUUCUUCGGCGACGCACUGUAUUAUGGACCCUUUUGGCUCUGACGCUGUUGACACUGAUCGCCUUCCACGUCGAUGUACCAAUCCGGGUGUACAAAUCCGGUAUUGCGCAGAUUCCACCAAGUGUAACACCAUCGAGAUGGGAGAGACCACGCCAGUUUCUGGACAAUGUGGAUGUUUACAAAAUAACGAAUGAAGACCCAUUGGCGUGGACAUUAAGUGUCCUCCCACCUCAUCCCUCAGGGAAAAUUAUAAAUGAUAUCAACCCUUAUGUACAACCAGUAACAAGAAUAGCAACCGGCCAAAAUGACGACAAAGUAGUUCCCAAAUCUCCGAACAAACCAAAGUUGGGACGGAAGCGAAUCGUGGUGGUAAAUAACACCGGUUGGGACUGGAUCAGAAUGGGAGACCACGUCGAUGUACCAAUCCGGGUUUACAAAUCCGGUAUUGCGCAGAAUCCACCAAGUGUAACACCACCGAGAUGGGAGAGACCACGCCAGUUUCUGGACAAUGUGGAUGUUUACAAAAUAACGAAUGAAGACCCAUUGGCGUGGACAUUAAGUGUCCUCCCACCUCAUCCCUCAGGGAAAAUGAUAAAUAAUAUCAACCCUAAUGUACAACCAGUAACAAGGAUGGCAAAUGGCCAAAAUGGCGACAAAGUAGUGCCCAAAUCUCCGAAACCCAAAUUGGGACGGAAGCGAAUCGUGGUGGUAAAUAACCCCGGUUGGGACUGGAUCAGAAUGGGAGACGUGGGAUUAACAGACUGUCCCGUUGAAUGUACCUUGACGGCCGACACGGCCCAAAUUCAAAUGGCCGACGCCAUCAUUUUCUAUGCUGUUGGGUAUUUCAGGACCAUACCCGUGCGAGCUCACGGCCAGGUAUGGAUUUUCCUCUCUCUGGAGAGUCCAUCUUAUUCGUUGUCCCAGGCAUUCGAGAAACCCGAAUGGCAUGGUCAGAUUAACUGGACCAUGACCUACAGAUCGGAUUCGGACAUCUUUUAUCCCUAUGGCCGUGUUAAUAGACGGGGGGAUUUUCUUACAACGGACUACACUUCUCUCGCAGAAAAGAAAACCAAGAAGGUUGCAUGGGUUGUGAGCCAUUGUGAAACCGACAGUAAAAGAGAGGAUUAUGUGAGACUCCUGAAACAACAUAUCGGUGUGGAUACGUUUGGCAUGUGUGGUCUCCCUUGUGGAAAUGAAGGCAGUUUUGAGUGUUUACAAAUGCUGACUAACGAUUAUAAGUUUUAUUUGUCAUUUGAGAACACGCUGUGCUUGGACUAUGUGACGGAGAAGCUGUUCCGGAAGAUCAUGGUGGCAGAUGUGGUGCCAGUUGUAAGGGGAUUUGUCAAUUAUACUAAAUACAUGCCGCCCAAGUCGUUUAUAAACGCUGAUGAUUUCAGCACCGUGGCUGAGCUUGGCAAAUAUCUUAAUUACCUCGAUAAAAAUAUGACUGCAUAUCUGGAAUAUUUAGAAUGGAGAAAAUAUUAUUUUGUUGUGGAGAAACCAAAUCCCACUUGUGAAGUUUGCAUGAAGCUCCUAGAACCGGAGAAAUAUAGAAACGUUUAUGAAGACGUGUUUUCUUGGUGGACCAAGGGCGUGUGUCAUUCUCCCAAGCCGAUUGUGUGACGUACAGUUCUUUUGAGUGAAUUGCUAUUGUUUGACAUAUACUUGUUACGUCAGCGAAAUGCAGGUCAACAUUUGUUGGUUGAUUUUUUAAAUUAUAGGUGGUUCAUUUUUAAGGCAGUAUAUACUUGUAAAUUGGAGUGACUGACCCCCAAAUUACAAAUGUUAUCAAAAUGUUACUUGGCUUAGACAGUUGCCGAUACACUGCAAACUUAAGGUCCAAAGCACAACCAUUAUACUCGCAUCAAAUACAUCACCAUCUCUUGUUUGUUUCAUUUUUAGCCACCAUCAAACAUUGAUGUUUUAUCCAUGUUGGCAUAUAUCAAUUUUCUAUAUACCAGAAACCCUCUUACAGUACUGUUAAAUGAGAAUAUCCAGCAACGAUAUCAACGUGAAUAGAAUCCAACGGAUUAACGAGCUUUCAAUUGAUAUAUAAAGAUAGGAUUAUUUACAUGGAAAACUUAUUCAUGACACUUGUAAUAAAACAUAUUUCCAUUUUG